AAGCUGUAGCGCAGUUCUAGAGUCCUCGGGUCCGCCAUCACAUGACCGUGGCAUGGUUUCCAUUCGUCCAGCGACUAUCGAUGACUUGCCCGGCAUGCAGGCGUGUAACCUGUGCUGUUUGCCCGAGAACUAUCAGAUGAAGUAUUACCUCUACCAUGCCCUGUCGUGGCCGCAACUUCCUCAGGUCGCUGUUGAUAGCCAAAACCGGAUCGUUGGCUAUGUCCUUGCCAAGAUGGAGGAGGACACCGACGAGGUGCAUGGCCACAUCACCUCCCUGGCGGUGAUGAGAAGUUACCGGAGAUUGGGCAUUGCUACGGCCUUGAUGAGGGCCUCCAUCGCCACCAUGGAGGAAUGCUUCAGUGCGGAGUUUGUCUCUUUGCAUGUGCGGUAUACCAACCGAGCAGCGUUUUCCCUCUACUCGGAGACCUUGGGAUUCGAGAUCCAGGACAUCGAGGCCAAGUAUUACGCAGACCAGGAGGACGCCUACGACAUGCGGAAGACGCUCAAAGCGGGCUUCGCAAAGCAGGAGCAAGAGAGAGGUAAGAAAGAGAAAAAGAACAAGGAUAAGGAGAAAGAGGAGCUUUCUCAUAAAAAGGAAGCAGAAGCAAAGGCGGAUGAGCCUGAGAAGGAAGAAAAGGUGGAGGACAAGGCGGAUGAGACUGAGGAGAAGAAGAAGCGCAAAAAGAAGGGCAAGAAGUGAUCCAGGUGGAGAUCCAGCUUGGAGGCACCCCGGCGCUCGCAGCCCGCUCCGCGAUUUUUGAGCGAGAGCACGGCCACCGGCCGCUGAGCUUGUCGCCUCGCAGAGCACCGAGGGAGCUUGGUGACCAGACCAGAGCUUUGAAGAAAGGAGAC